AGUACAUUUAUUACUUGACCUACGUGUUCAAACGACUUCGCGAAUGGUUCCAAUGCAAAUCACAUCAUGUUGGCGCACACAAAUCAUGUCCAACGACCGAGUCGAACCCGAGCCGCUAAUCGAAUCAUCAAACGAGCGCUUCGACUCAGUGUCGCUGGGCAAUCUUCCUACAUUAAUAACGCUCCUCGGCCAUGUCUUCUUGAUGAUUUUAAAGCAGACUUAUGUAAACAUUUUUCUCGGGUUGAGCAACUGCGUGUACAUGGGCUUGAUUCUUUACAUGCAAUCGUUCUGAAAGAAUGUGAUCAGAGGCCAUCUCAAACACUUCUCGCCAGCUCGCAAAUAAUUGCAUCCCUUCAACCCCAUCUUUCAUCGACGUGUGUAGUCACCUUCAUGUCUUUGCUCAC